AUAAAACUAAGAGUACACUAUGAGUUUGUGAUGAGCAUGCUUUUUCUUUUCUCUUUAUCUGCACUACUUUUCUUCACCACCAAUCAUCACCACCGCCACCGCUAGCCGGCGGUCACCACCACAGUCACUUCCGCCACUCUUUCUUGAUCCGGAUUAGAGUAUUUGAUGACGAUGUGUGUUUGAGAGAGAUUAUUCUUGGAUCUUAUUAUAUCAUGGGGAGUGUGUCGUCAGAGGAGGAUGAAGACAGAUGCCGAGGAAGUUACAGUUUAAGUGCUGACGUAAGCGAGUCCGAUAGCUGUAGUAGUUUCUCGUGUCGGCGGUUUGAUGUCGGCGCUUCUACUUCUAUCACUUCCUCUCCUCGUUUAGGUUCUAGUGUUGCCGCCGCCGGUUUUUGUUUUCAGUCGCCGAUUAUUCUUCCUAAAGAUGUUCUUCUUUGGAAUGUUAAGCCUGAGAAACGAGACACCGAUUUAUCAGAAGUGGAACUGAUGAAGGAGAGAUUUGCUAAGCUACUUCUAGGAGAAGACAUGUCGGGAGGUGGUAAAGGAGUUUGUACUGCACUCGCCAUCUCUAAUGCCAUCACUAAUCUUUCUGCAACUGUGUUUGGCGAGCUAUGGAGGUUAGAGCCAUUAGCUCCAGCGAAGAAAUCGAUGUGGCGAAGAGAAAUGGAGUGGUUGUUAUGUGUGAGUGAUUCCAUUGUUGAGCUUGUUCCUUCUAUUCAGAAUUUCCCUGGUGGGGGUACUUAUGAGAUCAUGGCAACUCGACCGCGUUCUGAUUUGUAUGUGAAUCUGCCGGCUUUGAAGAAGCUUGAUGCUAUGUUGAUUGGUAUGCUCGAUGGGUUUCACGAGACAGAGUUUUGGUAUGUUGAUAGAGGGAUAAUCGUAGCUGAUGAUGGUGACUGUGAUGUGUAUCCGUCGGGUAUUUCUGGUGGGAGGCCUUCAAUUAGGCAGGAAGAGAAGUGGUGGUUGCCGUGUCCGAAAAUUCCUUCGAAUGGGUUGUCUGAGGAUGCAAGGAAAAGAUUGCAGCAGUGUAGAGACUGUACUAACCAGAUACUGAAGGCUGCUAUGGCAAUUAAUAGUAGUGUGCUUGCUGAGAUGGAGAUUCCUACUGCAUACUUAGAGACUUUGCCGAAGAAUGGAAAAGCUUGCCUGGGAGCUAUAAUCUAUCGCUACAUAACAGCCGAGCAGUUCUCACCAGAAUGUCUUCUUGAUUGCCUAGAUCUCUCAACAGAGCAUCAUACACUGGAAAUAGCCAACAGAAUUGAGGCAUCAGUGCAUGUCUGGAAACAGAAAGAUCAGAGAAACCAAACAAAUCACACAAAAGUUAAGCAUUCAUGGGGCGGCAAGGUCAAAGGUCUAGUUGCUGAUUCUAAGAAAAAGAAUCAUUUUCUGGCCGACCGAGCUGAGACCCUCUUACAGAGCUUAAGGCUUCGUUUUCCUGGUCUUCCACAGACGGCACUGGAUAUGCACAAAAUUCAAUACAACAAGGAUGUUGGACAGUCGAUUCUUGAAAGCUAUUCAAGAGUAAUGGAGAGCUUGGCCUUCAACAUAAUGGCAAGGAUAGACGAUGUUAUUUACGCAAACGAUGCCAUGAAACAAAGUGUUGAAGCAGAAUCGGCUGCCGUAUUUAACAGGGGUGGUUUCGGUGGCAUUCCUAUCCAGAAGCGAAUGUCUCCCAGCCCUUUCUCCAUCCAACACAGCCCCUUUACCUCUCCAUUUGCGACCCCGACGUUCUGUUCGUCCACUCCGGUGGGUGGAAGCCCCGGAAGAGCACCAUCCUCUCUAAAAAAGAACAACAUGAAGGAAGCAUCUGAUCAGAAAUUUGAGAAACCAUGUGCAGCCGACUUUGAGAAGGUUUGGUCAUACACGGGCAACCUCAGCUCGAGGAGAGUAUCCGGAGAUGCUCCAGAGCGAGAUUGAUUUUGCGGAAUAUUCACCAUCUCAAGUGAAGACUGAAUUACAUAGAUUUGAUUAGGAGCCUAAGAAUUGGUAUCUAACCUUGUAUAUUCUUUAGCUAUAGAAAUAUCAUGUUUUAAAGUUUUGAUCAUAUACCUCUUAUGUCCCCAGUUGUAAUAGCUGAGAUAGAAUACUGUUUAUGCUAUUCAGGAAAUAUAUUAUGAUCUUCCUUUCUCAUGGUUA